CUCCGGCAUCGCUAUCGGGCUUCAAUCUAUGUAGUAGCUAAGAUAGCUAGGCUAUUAUCUCACCUCACCUCAUCAUCGCCAGCCGUGCUUUUUCACUCUGUCCCCUCCGUCAUGCGAACAUCUCUCAAGAGAAUCGGACUGCCAAUACUCCAAAGCUCCAGAUACCUCUUCAAGCCCCAAGCCUCCCUCGCACCCCUCCUCCGCUCCUCAUUCCUCCGCAAGAUGUCGUCGGCUCCCGCCCCGGUGCUCAAGAAGCCCAUCAACAUCUCCUGCAUCCAGCUCGCCUCCGGCGCCGACAAGGAUGCCAACCUCAAGCACGCCGCCGAAAAGGUCGCCGAGGCCGCCCAGUCGGGCUCCAAGCUCGUGAUCCUGCCCGAGUGCUUCAACUCGCCCUACGGAUGCGACUACUUCCCCAAGUACGCAGAGACGCUGCUCCCGUCGCCGCCCACAAAAGAGCAGUCGCCUUCGUUCCACGCGCUAUCCGCCAUGGCCAAGGAGAACAACGUCUAUCUCGUCGGCGGCUCGAUCCCCGAGCUGAAUCCCGAGACCAAGAAGUACUACAACACCAGCCUUACGUUUAGCCCCGACGGCAAGCUGCUAGGCACACACCGCAAAGUUCACCUGUUCGACAUUGAUAUCCCCGGCAAGAUCUUCUUUAAGGAGUCCGACGUCCUCAGUGGCGGCAAUAAGCUGACUCUCAUCGAGUUGCCCGAGUACGGCACCAUUGCCGUCGCCAUCUGCUACGACGUCCGCUUCCCUGAGCUCGCUACCAUUGCUGCCCGCCGCGGUGCCUUUGCCCUCAUCUACCCCGGCGCAUUCAACCUCACCACCGGCGCCCUGCACUGGCGCCUGCUCGCUCAGGCUCGUGCUGUCGACAAUCAGAUCUACGUGGCCCUGUGCAGCCCUGCCAGAGACAUGAGCGCCAGCUACAACGCCUGGGGGCACAGCUUGAUUGUCAACCCAAUGGCCAAGAUCUUAGUCGAGGCGGAAGAGACAGAGACGAUUGUCCAGGCGGAGCUGGUGGGCGAGGAUAUUGCGGAGGCCCGGAAAAAUAUCCCGUUGAACAACCAGAGAAGAUUUGAUGUAUACCCUGAUAUUAAUCAAGGCAAGAUCUCGUUUGACGAGCUAUAAAUAAUCUGAGCAUCAUACAGAGAAUAAAAAAAAUAAACAAAGCAGUAAAAUAAUAAUUGAUCAUGAUUCCGACACAAUGAUUGGAUAACGUAUCACGUUGUAAGAGGGCAAUGUACUGGAUUCUCGCAUCUUGCUUAUCACAAACAGGUAGUACGCAACAGUCUCUUCAUGAGAAAAUCGAUAUAUAAAUAUUGUUUUAUGUCUUUUCAACAUUUAGUGUAGAUCUUCCCAUGUAGCGCUCAAUCCUUUCCAGGACAGCUAUCAGUCUAAGACAUUUUCUUUCAUAAAGCCAUUGCCCAUCAGUAAAGGAGAACCCGCGUCCCCUC